GGGCUGCGCUUCGCAGCAGUGGGGCGGGAGAAGCUGUCGAAGGGAACAGCUUUUGCGCCGCCUUGGUUUCCCGUGGGGUGGGUAGCUGUUGCCAGAGAAAGAGGCCGGGGCGGCGGGGGAAGAGGCAGCCUUCAUGCCCGGAGCUCCGCGGCGGGAGCGUUUCCCAGCGGGGUCACCGCUGGCAGCAGGGUGCGACCCUCCCGAAGGAGCCCGUGAGAGAUGUAGUCUCUUUGGUCUUCGUGAGCACGGUUUGCUCCCCUCCCCUUGAAGGGCUGCUGGGCUUGUAAAGACGUUUGUCGUGGGGAAUUCUUAUUAAGUACAAAAAUAAGUGUCUUCCGAUCGAACAGCGAGGGGGAGCGUCCGCCAUCCAAGCACCUGGGUUCUGCUUGCGGGUUUUAUCCAGCAGACCUCAUCUAACCGUAUACUGCAGCAUGUUUUUACCAAGAUCUGUUAAAGUCAAGAGAACUGCUGAUGAAGACAAAAGUUGUACAGCUAAGAGAAAUAAGUCAUCUUCUGGAGGAUCUUUGCUCGUGGACACUGCUGAGUACCAAGUCUGUAAGCCAGUUGGAACACAAACUUCUGCUUCAGGAAGUAGUUUGAAUGAAGUUGUACAAGAACACACCGAACCUGCAGCUGGAGACCUUGGUGCUGCUAAUGCAACUUUGGAAAAGGACAGCCAAAAUACUGAUGAAGAUAGCACGUCAGAAGAACCCAUAAAAUCCUACAGCAAAUUGCAGCGUUGGGCAGAACCUGGAGAACCUGUAUGUGUUGUCUGUGGUCGCUAUGGAGAGUAUAUCUGUGAUAACACGGAUGAAGAUAUUUGUAGCUUGGAAUGUAAAGCCAAACACCUUCUACAAACUCAAGCAAAUGGAAAAAAGCUAACAUCUGAUCAGCUCACAAAAGAAGAAUCUCAAGCAGAAACUCACCUUAAUGAGCCUUAUUUCUACAAAGAUCAUUCCUUUAUUUUAGGUUUGCAGGAGGAGCAGAUUGAGAACCUUAAACUGCAGCUAGGUAUUGCUGUCCACGGCCAGCAAGUGCCAAGACCUAUUGUAGAGUUUGAACACUGUGGUUUUCCUGAAACUUUAAACCAUAAUUUAAAAAAGUCUGGCUAUGAAGUCCCAACUCCAAUCCAGAUGCAAAUGAUCCCUGUUGGACUAUUAGGGAGGGAUAUUGUGGCUAGUGCAGACACGGGCUCUGGAAAAACAGCAGCUUUCCUACUUCCUGUUAUUAUGAAGGUUUUGAAAGAGACAGAAACUCCAUCUGCCCUUAUUUUGGCACCAACAAGGGAAUUAGCAAUUCAGAUAGAGCAACAAGCUAAAGAACUGAUGACUGGUUUGCCAAACAUGAGAACAGUUCUCCUGGUGGGAGGUUUGCCACUGCCACCACAGCUUCACCGUCUCAAGCAAAGUGUUAAGGUGGACACCAUGUUAAAAAUGGGUUUCCAGCAGCAAGUAUUGGAUAUUUUGGAAGGCAUCACUCAAGAUCAUCAAACCAUACUGGUGUCAGCCACAAUUCCAGUGGGAAUUGAACACUUAGCAAAUCAGCUUCUGCACAAUUUUGUGAGAAUAACUAUUGGAGAAAAGAAUCUGCCUUGUUCCAAUGUUCGCCAAAUUAUCUUGUGGGUAGAAGAACCAUCCAAAAAGAAAAAGCUCUUUGAAAUACUAAAUGAUAAGAAACUUUUCAAGCCUCCAGUGUUGGUGUUUGUGGACUGUAAGCUAGGAGCUGAUCUGUUGAGUGAUGCUGUUCAUAAGAUUACAGGAUUGCAGUGUACAUCUAUGCAUUCUGAGAAGACUCAGGUGGAAAGAACAGACAUAUUACAGGGAUUACUUCAAGAGAAGUAUGAAGUUAUAGUAAGUACUGGAGUUCUUGGACGAGGGCUUGACCUGGUCAACGUCAAACUGGUAGUGAAUUUUGAUAUGCCAUCAAGUAUGGAUGAAUAUGUACAUCAGGUUGGAAGAGCAGGGAGGUUGGGUCACUGUGGAACGGCAAUUACUUUUAUCAAUAAUAACAGCAAGAAGCUCUUUUGGGAUGUAGUGAAGAGAGUAAAACCAACAGGCACCAUUCUUCCCCCACAGCUACUUAAUUCCCCUUAUCUUCACGACCAAAAGCGAAGGGAACAACAGAGACUUAAACAGUUACAGAACAGCCUUGUGACAGGAGAUAAUCUUAUGGACAUUAUUAGAAAACAUGAUAAAAAUAAUUCUCAGAGGUAAUAAAGAUAUGCUUAUAUUAUAAAGUGUGGUAAAAAAUAAACAUGGAAUUUUGAUGCCUUGUGUAUAGCCUUUUAAAAAGUUUAUAUAUUACAUUUCUUAACAAGUUUCAUUUUUAUUUCAAGCUAUUGUGUGUUUGAGUUACAGCAUGGCCUAGUUAAAAUACUCCAUGUAACCCUUUUUCAAGACCAGUACUCUUUGGUCUUGCUUGCAACAAACUGAUUUCUUUCUAUUUCUUUAUUUUGUUUUAAUGUUUCUGAAUAAUAAUUUCAGACAUAGUGUGAAAUACACUCUAAGGGUAAUUGAUAGGAGGUAAGAUUUUCAAAAAGGACCCACAAAAAAAGAGUUAUCAGCUUAGUCACUGAAAACAAGCCUCACUGUAUUUCUGUUAGUUUAUGUAAAAGCUUCCACUGGGAACAUUUCUUUGAAUCCUCAAGAUUGUUCUCUGGGGGGUUCUUGUCAACAUAUGUGCAAGGUAGGUUUGUGAACUACUGAAAGUUUAGGUUCUCUUUUAUUAGUUGUGGACUGG